CUCUUGUUAGAGGAACCUCAAGAAACCAGACGGAACUUUUUAUUUUACACUGCAGUUGCCAUGGCUUCAGGGAAAGAAAGCAAGGGACUUGACAAUCUUGCAUUUGAUAUGGAUGAAAUAGUCAAUGAUCAACCAAGAGAAAAGGAGAGAAAGACUUGUGAGAGCCACUCUGUAACAGAGGAAGACAGAAAUAAACCAACAUACUGUGUCACUGAUGUCCCCCCUUGGUAUUUUUGUAUUUUUCUGGCCAUACAGCAUUACCUGACAGCAUUUGGUGGGAUCAUCUCCAUCCCUCUCAUUCUCUCAGAGGCACUGUGUCUGCAGCAUGACAGCCUGAUCCAGAGUCGCCUCAUUAACACCAUUUUCUUUGUCUCUGGCAUUUGCACCCUGCUGCAGGUCACCUUCGGUGUAAGGCUUCCCAUCCUACAGGGGGGUACAUUUGCUUUACUGACCCCUGCCUUGGCCAUGUUCUCCACGCCAGAGUGGGAGUGCCCAGCUUGGACCCAGAACGCCAGUAUGGUCAACACCUCGUCACCUGUUUUCAUAGAAGUGUGGCAGACCCGCAUGAGAACACUGCAGGGCUCUAUAAUGGUGGCCUCGCUUCUCCAGAUCCUGGUCGGUUUCUCUGGCCUCAUCGGCUUUCUCAUGCGCUUCAUUGGUCCCUUAACCAUUGCCCCAACAGUCUCUCUCAUAGGCCUGUCACUGUAUGAUUCAGCUGGGACCAAGCUUGGCAGCCACUGGGGUAUAUCUGCUAUGACCACAGUGUUGAUCAUCCUGUUCUCCCAGUACCUCCGUCUCAUACCAAUCCCCGUUCCUACAUAUAGCAAAUCCAAGAAACUUCACACCUCAAAGUUCUAUAUCUUCCAGAUAAUGCCUAUUCUGCUGGGUCUUGCGGUUUCAUGGUUAGUCUGCUACCUCCUCACCAUCUAUGAUGUCCUACCAUCUGAUCCAGCUGAAUAUGGCUACCUUGCUCGCACUGAUGUGAAGGGAAAUGUGCUGAGCGAGGCUUCCUGGUUCACAUUUCCUUAUCCUGGUCAGUGGGGCAUGCCAACUGUCAGCCUGGCGGGUAUAUUAGGCCUUAUGGCUGGAAUAAUAUGCUCCAUGGCAGAGUCUGUGGGCGACUACCACUCAUGUGCCAAGCUGUCAGGGGCCCCUCCACCUCCGAAGCAUGCCAUCAGUCGGGGCAUUGGUGUUGAAGGACUCGGCUGUUUGUUGGCAGGGGCCUUUGGCACAGGCAAUGGCACCACCUCAUUUAGUGAGAAUGUGGCUGCCCUGGGUAUCACCAAGGUGGGUAGCCGAAUGGUGAUUGUUCUGAGCGGAGUUUUCAUGAUUUUGAUGGGGAUGUUGGGUAAAAUUGGAGCCAUUUUCGCAACCAUCCCCACCCCAGUGCUCGGAGGGAUGUUCCUGAUUAUGUUUGGAGUCAUAACUGCAGCAGGCAUUUCUAAUCUACAGUCCACAGACAUGAAUUCCUCCAGGAAUACAUUUGUUUUUGGUUUUUCCAUGUUUUCUGCACUUGUCAUUCCAAACUGGAUAAUGAAGAAUCCCGAUUUCUUCAAAACAGGUGUUACAGAAGUAGACCAAGUAUUACACAUAUUGUUGACCACCCAUAUGUUUAUAGGAGGAUUUCUUGGCUUCUUCCUAGAUAACACAGUUCCUGGGACCAGACGUGAGCGGGGCCUCUUAGCCUGGGACAAAGAACAUCUUGAGGAAUCUAGCAAUACCUUGGAAACUGAAGAGGUGUAUGAUCUUCCCUUUGGCAUAACCUCUUGCCUCUCAUCCCAAUCUUGGGUUCGCUAUGUCCCUUUCUGCCCGUCAAAGGACUAAAGACAACAAUGUGUGACAGGGCAAGGCAAUGAGCAAUUGCAUAACGGCACAUAGAUCAUUAAUGAAUUUGCUCUAUGAGUAAUAAAAUGGUGUAAUAAAAUAAAAUAAUAAAAAGUCCUAUUUAAAUGGUGUGCUUAGGUCACAAUGCUGUUUGAAAACCAGUGUCACAGAAAUAUAUCACUGGUUGAGUAUUAUUUUUAAAUUGAAGCCUAUUUGCAGUUAUUGCUGUGGAUGCCAGUAUAAGUUGCUGGUUAUUCUCUUCACUUUUGUUUCAUUUUGUUCAUCAAAACAUUAUUUAAAUUAAAUUACAGUAAGUUUGUCUAUGUUUACCGUCCUACAUAUAGCAGAGCUGCAAGUGGCGGCUUUAGUUCUGAGCCUGACUACACAGAGAGAAAUAAAAAAGAUAAACUGUGACUCUCACAUUCUAUCAAUACCAAUUAAAACAGAA